UCAACUGAGGAAAGCAUAGUACUUUUUGAUGGUGAAGCACCAGCAUCCUCUAUGACUUUUCCACCAAGCCAAAGUGUGCAACCUACAACUAAGAAGAAAAUUAGAAAAGGUACAUUAGAUUCUGGAGGCUCAAUCAGAUCCAAGUCAGCAGGUAGUGCAGGUAGUACAAACCAGCCUGAGCCCAUUAGCUCUGAGUUUCCCAUGGCUAGGGGAAAUCCACUUGUUGCAGCCAAAGAAAAAGGGAACAAGCUAGCUAACAAGGCUAAAGAUAAGGGAAAGCUCAUGAAGCCCAAAGCCAAGAAGCAAACUAAAGACAAAGGAAAGAAGAACGAUGUGUCAUUUGAAAGCCCUGCAAUGGGCACAAGAAGCAAAAAAGUUGAUUCUUGCAGCCCUGCAAUGAGCACAAGAAGCAAAAGAAAGCUCAGUUUGUGAUUUACCAUAUUCUGGACUUGUUGAACUCGUUUUGUGGAGCUGUAUGUGAACAUGCAUGUCAUGCAGUAUCUAUUGUUAGGUGUCUGCACCUACUAUAUGUGAACUCACGUAAGAAAUGUGGCUGUGAACUCAUUAGUAUGUUGACUAUG